AUUUGUUUGGUUUAAUUCAAUUAUUAGUCUUGUAUUAUGCAUACACUUAUAGUUUUUUGGUGAACUAUAAGAAUAAGGCAAAGUCUGAACAACAAGCACGACUAGUGCUCAAACUCGGGCUACACUUGAGACGGUGAACACACUAACUAUUAGGCCAUGGGUUCUUAGUUUUUAAUAUAUUAUUUCUGACAAUUCCAUCAUCAGGCUACAAGCUUCUGAAAUCUUAAUUACACCACUAACCAUUCUAAUAUUCUAAUCUAAUAAUAUCAGCAUGUUGAGAUCAAGCAUUUAAUUUAUAGAUGGUGGUAUUUACCAAAGCAAAGAAACUCAUAUCUCAAUUAUAUAAAUAAACCUGCAUGGUCAAGCUCACUGAUAGUCUUUCAUACUAGCGUGGCUGAUGGGGGAAACAAAAGUCAACCCUGUAAUUUGGUCAAGCAUGACUAACAGGAAACUUCCCUUGAAACUGCAUGCAAUUACCAACUACAAUUUCAAGGAUUUCCAUGUCCAAAAGAUCACUUUGAAGGGAAGGGUCCCUCAAUAUUUGUCAAAAGCAGCUUUGAGGAAGGUUCAACUCAAAGAUGGAGCCGCAUAAGGAAGCAGUGAAAGAAGAAAGUGAGCAUGUUAUGGCGAUUGCUUGUACAAUCAUGGCUGGUGUUUCCCCUGUGUCAGUGGCUAAUUCUCACACUCAACACCCAUUUCCAACCCCUUCACCAUUUUCUUUCUCAGGGGCUACUACACGGCGAACUUAUACACCUUCCAUACAUCAUUUAAAUCUCUUCCUUCGAUUCUUGCAGCUUCUCUUCUCCUUUAUUUCAGCCCUCACACUGGCUACUCCACCCUCAAAUAACAACGGUGGCCAACGAUCACCUAGCUUCAUCGAGUACCCUGAACUAACAUAUGGCUUCAUUGUAGCUAUUUUAGCUUUCCUUUACGCAGCUUUCCAACUGUUUAAAGGUAUUUCUGACAUUGCUCACAGAGGCAUUCUAAUAUCAGACAAGACCUCAGACUACCUUAGCUUUGUCUUCGACCAGUUGACGGGCUACCUUGUCGUCUCAUCUGCUUCAGUAGCAAUGCCGAUCAUUCGACAACAGGUUGGGCAAAGCACACCACUUUGGAAGGGAACCAUUGUAUCAACUAGCAUGUCCUUUGCAACUUUUCUGGUUAUAGCAAUCUCUGCUCUCUUGUCUGGCUACAAGCUUUGCAAGAGAAUCGUCUGGUGAUGUCACUUGCUGUUGGUGUUAUACAGGGGCUUCAUUCUGCUCUUGUAAUUAAUAGCUUAAAACUGUAUACUCCUGUAAAAACAUCCUGCUUCUUACUUAAAAGCCCAUCCAUGGGCCAUAAAUUAUUCUGUAACCAUACACAUGGAGUUUGGUCAAGUCGGUACUCUUUAA